AUGUGUCGAUCGUCGUUCGUGCUACAGCUGAUGAACUGUGUCAGCGUCCCCUACAUCACCGGGCUCUAUUUCCUGCGCUUUUUAAUUCCAAAUAGUACAGGCGACGUUAUUUCAGACGAGAUACGGUUCGGGACGUGGGGUUUGUGUUACGGAGAUAGCACGCUCAAUAACGGGUGGCACUGCAGUAGCGCAGACCUUGGAUACCGCCAAAAGGAGUUUGGCAACCUCACGCGCUCCGUGGGUGGCUCCGCCGGCGGUCUUGGUCUUCACGAGCCUUUUCUUCACAACUUGCCAUACGCCCUUGUUCUCCAGGCCAUCUCCGCUGGCUUUACGGGGAUUGCCGCGGGUGCUGGCCUUCUGGCCAUUUGCUCUCAUACGCUCCUUUUCACACUCGCUGCAUUUUGGGCGGCGAUUUUGACCAUUGCUACGCUGGUCAUUGAGCUCAUUCUUUUUAUCAAUGCGCACGAGAAGCUGACCGAUUCAGCUCCGCCAGAGUGGCAAGGGCGGCUGAGAGCCGACUACGGACCUGCGCUCUGGAUGCAGGUCGCAGCGACCGCAGCCGUGAUUGUCGGCUUCUUACUCCUUUUCCUGUCGUGGAUUUUGAACAGGCCCGAAAAGCAUGCUUCGCACGCCGUUGCGCCGUUGCCUACGUCGAACAUGUACCAAAAACAGCACGAGCCGUAUGGCUACGAUGCACCAGCAAACCGCUACGACAAUUAUGGCGCCGCGCAAUACCAAGAGCCUGUUGUCCCUGGUCCUCCGCCAGUUACAACGGCAAGCGCCGGGCGCGCCUAUGAACAGCCGUAUGUGAGCAAUGCCGGCGCUGCUGCGCGCCCCAACUUGGUAUACGAUCCUGCCGCUGCUGGCAGCAAGCCGGGAAAGCGCAUAUCCCGUCAGCCCGAGGAUCCGCAACGCCGACGACACAGUCACAGGCGCAGUCAGCACGAUGCGUUGGACGAUAGUGCCAAGGAAGCGCACCGCAAAAGCCGCGAUAUCGACCAAGCGUACUUGCACGGGAAUACAGGCACGCUUUCGCGCCACGCGAGCGGCGAUAUCCGUCGUCGCAGCUACGAUCCUUACCUGCAAAGUGCGGGCCAAUACGAGAUGGAUAUACCUUCGCGGAGUGUCUCCAGGUUGCACCCAGCACUCGACUAUUAUGCGGACCAAUACCAAAGCAGUGGCGACCUGCGAUGGAAGCGGUAUAGCGACCGCGGCGUUUGGUAG